AAAAUUUGCCCUCGAACUUUAAAGUUAGAUGUUUAAUAUUAACGAAACAACAACUUUGCGCUUUGUUAAUAUUACAUUUUGCUUAAUCUAAUUCUCAACACAUACAUUGUUUAAGUUUAUUGGUUUUUUUUCCUGAAACUAUACUCACUCUUGUGGCUAUUAAUAGUUCUUAGAAAAUAAUCGUAACAACUCCUAUAUCUUACUUUCUAAAAUUUUAAGUUGUACUUAUAGUACACUUUGAUACCAACCAACAAACAAUAUACUUAAAAAAAAUUACCAUAAGUUAGGCAAAUAGAAAUUUUUAAUGUGAAUGUCAGCUAUCUUAAUUACUAAAUUUUUAUUUGAAUAAAAUUCAAAAUAUGUGAUCGAAUCUCUUCUACAUUAUUAUGCUUAUCCACUUUCUAACAUUUAUAAAAUGAAAUUUUUUUAACAUAUAAAAACAUAAUAUUCUAAAAUUCACUAUAUCCACAAUAUAAAAAAUAACUAAAACUUGCUCCACCGUGAUGAAGAUUACACUCUUGCAAACAAAAAAAAAAAAAGGAAAGAAAUCAAAAUCAAAAUAGCCAAGUUUAUUUCAUACCAUAAAAGUAAAAUCCCAAAAAAGAAAAAAACCCAAAGACACAAAUUACAAAUAACUGCCAAUUCCAGUCGUUACUCAUUAGUCCGUAGUACAUGUAAUGUCUCUCUCUCUGUUUCCUCACUUUUUGAGCUAUGAACCAAGUCAACCAACCAAACAAACAAAGAUACGCCACAUCAUCAUUCUCUCAAAGAAAACAACCUCGUAUUCGAAACGUUUCUCGUUAAACUGAGUAUAAAUAGUUGUUAACUCCCCUGACUCAUUCCACCUUACUCUUAGUCUUUCUCUCUCCUCUCUGUUUUAAUUUUUUUUCUUCCUCCACCCCAAUUUUUUUUGGUGGAAGAAAUAUUCUCUGUUCACUUCUUUUACAUAUUCCUAAAUAAACUCAUCCAAACCCCAAAACUCUCCUCCAAAUAUCAGAAAACCCUUUGUUUUAUUCUUUAAAAAAAUUAUUAAACUAUAUGAAAUUAUAAUGGAGACGGCUGGGAAUCAGCAACAACAACAGGGUGCAUUGGCGGUUGUAGGUAAUGAGGCGAAUGCGGCGGUGGAGUUUGGGAAUAUGUCAUUGUAUGUGGGAGAUUUGGAUGCGAAUGUGAAUGAGAGUCAAUUGUAUGAUCUGUUUUCCCAAGUGGCUCCUAUUGUCUCUGUCAGGGUUUGUAGGGAUCAACACAAACGUUCUUCUCUUGGUUAUGCUUAUGUCAAUUUUGGCUCACCUCAGGAUGCUGCAAAUGCCCUGGAGGUUCUUAAUUUUACGCCUGUAAAUGGCAGACCUAUCCGGAUAAUGUAUUCUCAUCGGGAUCCCAGCCUCCGAAAGAGUGGGUACGCUAAUGUGUUUAUUAAGAACUUGGACUCCUCAAUCGAUAACAAAUCACUCUACGACACUUUUUCUGCUUUUGGAGCCAUACUUUCGUGCAAGGUAGCGGUUGAUAAUAAUGGUCAAUCGAGAGGAUACGGAUUUGUUCAGUUUGAGCAGGAGGAAGCUGCUCAAAAGGCAAUUAAUAGUUUAAAUGGCAUGUUGCUGAACGAUAAACAAGUGUACGUAGGAUAUUUUGUUCGGCGUCAAGAAAGAAUUGGAACUAAUGGAUCACCUAAAUUUACUAAUAUUUAUGUGAAAAAUUUAUCUGAAAAUCAUACGGAUGAGGACCUUGAUAAAAUUUUCUCCCCUUUUGGUUCUAUCACUAGUGCUGUUGUAAUGAAAGAUCCAAACGGGAAGUCCAAAUGUUUCGGUUUUGUAAACUUUGAGAGUCCGGAUUGUGCUGCAACUGCUGUUGAGAAGUUGAACGGAACCAUUCAUGAUGAAAAGGCUUGGUAUGUCGGAAGGGCUCAAAGGAAAUCAGAAAGGGAAGCAGACUUGAAAGCUAAAUUUGAACAAGAAAGGAUCAGUCGAUAUGAAAAGUUGCAGGCUGCAAAUUUGUAUUUGAAAAAUCUUGAUGACAGCAUAAAUGAAGAAAAACUAAAAGACUUGUUUUCUGAGUUUGGAGCUAUAACAUCAUGCAAGAUCAUGCUUAAUCCCCAUGGAAUUAGCAAAGGAUCUGGUUUUGUUUCCUUUUCAACUCCAGAAGAAGCAACAAGAGCAUUAAAUGAAAUGAAUGGUAAAAUGAUUGGAAAGAAGCCUCUAUAUGUUGCCAUUGCCCAACGUAAAGAGGAACGGAAGGCGAGGUUGCAGGCUCAGUUUGCUCAAGUCCACCUGCAGGGAGGAGUAGCACCCUUGCCAACGGGGAUGCAUGGUUUCUUUCCUGGGUCACCUAGGCUUUCUCCUCAGCACCUUUAUUUUGGCCAAGGUGCUCCGAGUAUGCUUCCCCAUCAUCCUGCCGGAUACGGCUUCCAGCAGCAAAUCUUGCCUGGGAUUCGCCCAGGAGUUCCCCCGAACUUUAUGAUGCCUUUCCAUGUUCAUAGGCAAGGACAGCCUGGACAACGUAUAGGUGGCAGGAGAGGUGGUAAUUCUCAUCAGCUGCAGCAACAUAAUCAGACGCCAAAUCGCAAUGGUGGACAGAGUUUCAGAUAUAUGGGUAAUGGACGAAAUGGUGUUGAUACAUCUGUGGUUCCUCAAGGAAUGGUGAGGCAGAUGAUGCCUAUGCCUUUGGAUGUUUCUGGGAUGCCCUUGAGUCCUGUUGAUGCUGCGAGAUCUGGUCCUGUGUCGAUGCCGACACUUGCUUCUGCCUUGGCUGCUGCAUCUCCUGAGAGUCAACGCAUGAUGCUAGGGGAACAACUAUAUCCACUGGUGGAGCGUCUCGAGCAUGAUAAUGCAGGAAAAGUGACUGGCAUGCUGCUAGAGAUGGACCAGACAGAAGUACUGCAUCUUAUUGAGUCUCCUGAUGCUCUCAAGAAGAAAGUUUUGGAGGCCAUGGACGUUCUCAAUUCAUCUACCUUGAGUUCUGAAGUUGGUGACCAGCUUGGCUCACUCUCACUUACUGAAUAAGUCGUUCAUACUCUUUCAUCAAUUAAAAAUAUCUUCUGCCACGAAGGCCCAAAUAUUAGAGGGUAGGUUGAGCUUUCAUUCAUGGGGUGGUAUUUUUUUGAAAAAAAAUAAAGAAUAAAAAAAAUAAAAAAUUUUGGUUCGGAUAUUCCAAAAACUAGUUUCAUAGGAUUUCAUUUAGGUUGCUUAAGCUUAACUCAUUAUAGUAUAAAAUUGUAUUCACACAUACUCGAUAGGAUUUUUUGGACAUCAUUACAUGGAAUGUUUGGAUAUCAUUAUCUGAGUUUCAUGGAGAUGUUUAGAAUUUUUAAGGUUGGCAUGAAAUUUGGAAAUCAUUUUCUGAGAAUUUUUUUCUA